UCCAAGGCAGACUUCAUCCCUGUCUUUUCUACCCACCAGCGUUUUCCUACAAUUUCUUGCCGCUUUUAUGAAGAAAUUGCCUGCAAUUUAAGCUAAGUUGAGUGACGUCUCAUAGUAAAGAGUGGAUGGCUUUUGCAAACCCUCGAAGUCAAAGAGCGUCUUUUUCUUCUAUUUCUACUCCUGAUUGGAAUUACGAUGUUUUCUUGAGCUUUAUGGGUGAAGAUGAUUGCCCUUCCUGUGCGGGAUGGAGGCCUGAGGCUCAUGUUAUUGAGGAGAUUACUUCCACUGUUUGGAAGAGUUUAAAUCAGGAAUUCUUACAUGUUGAGAAGAACCUUGUUGGGAUGGAUCGACGAAGGGCAUCUUCUACUUGUACUUCUAUUGGUUCAUGGGAUUAUGCAGUUUUCUUGAGCUUUAAGGGUGAAGAUACCAGAUACAAUUUCACAGAUCAUCUCUAUGCAGUUUUGUAUCAGAAACGGAUUCGUACCUUUAGAUUGGAUGAGAUCAGGGAUUCGUACCUUUAAAAUGUAUAAUUUGCUAAUUAUAUCAGAGAUCAUUAAAGGACUAUAU